AUGCAGUUAGUUGUUCUCCUCUGGACGCUGAUACAGGCGUCCUGGCUAGUUGCAGCAAGCUCAGCCAGUAGCGGGCUGAACAGCUCAACGAUGAACACUAAACACAUCGGAACCGCCUCAUUGCUGACCUGCAUGGAAAACUCGCAGUUCACAGCGUCUUUUUUUGAAGUUCUGUUUUUCCCCGACACGAAGAUGGUACAGCUCAAUAUUGAUGCGACUACUACAAUCCAAGCAAACAUCACUGCUGAUAUCCAAGUUAUUGUAUAUGGGUUGAACAUCAUGGAAACUACAAUCGAUCUAUGUAAGUUGGGAGACGAAAAGUCAUUAUGCCCGCUGCAGGCCGGUCGUAUCGAAAUCGAUUACACCUAUGGUCCACUGUCAUCCAGUUUGAUUGACCAACUCCCAGGGGUCACCUAUACAAUUCCUGAUCUGGACGCACAAGUUCGGGUUAUGGUCUACUCCACGGCAGACACUGAUUCUAAGAACCCUCUAGCGUGUGUCGUGGCUCCUUUGACUAACGGGAAAACCGUUCAAACUAAGUAUGCGUCUUGGCCUAUAGCUGCCGUCUCGGGGUUGGGUGUGUUGACGUCUGGUUUUGUAUCGGUGCUCGGUCACUCGACCACUGCUGCUCACAUUGCAUCAAAUUCUAUCUCGCUCUUCAUUUAUUUCCAAAAUUUGGCGAUCACUUCUAUGAUGGGUGUUUCACGAGUGCCUCCAAUUGCCGCUGCGUGGUCCCAAAACUUUCAGUGGUCAAUGGGAAUCAUAAACGCUAAGUUCAUGCAGGAUAUCUUCAAUUGGUACGUUCAAGCUACUGGCGGGGACCCUGUUGUUGUCGUUGCAAACAAAGACGUUCUUUCCAUCUCCGUUCAAAAAAAGAGGUUCAAAAGAGCUGUUGUUGAUGGUGCAAAGCACCUUUAUAAGAGAAUAUCUGUUUCGACCUCUGAUAGUUUUGACGUCAGUUCUUUUUUGAACCAAACCAGUUUGUACACUACAAACGAGAGAAAUUCAACCAACUAUGCUUCCAAAACACUCGUGCUACAUGGAAUUCAGCGUGUAGCGUUUAAAGCAGGGAUUGAACUGUCUAACUUGUUUCUCACAGGUGUCGUCUUCACGUUUUUCUUCAUUUUCGUUGUGGUGGUUGCACUUAUGUUCUUCAAAGCUCUCGUUGAACUGUUGACAAGAGCUCGUGUCAUGGCCGAAUCCUCCAAAUUCUUUGAAUAUAGAAAAGGAUGGGUGAGCAUCAUCAAAGGUACUCUUUUUAGACUUUGCAUCAUCGCUUUUCCGCAAUUAUCCAUAUUGAGCAUUUGGGAAUUUACGCAACGGGACUCUCCCGCUGUUGUUGUUGAUGCCGUUGCUGUACUUCUAGUUGUUACCGGCAUUCUAUUCUACGGUGUCACAAGAGUUAUUCUGAGAGGUCGAGAAUCCGCCAGGCUGUACAAGACGCCAGCGUAUAUGCUUUUUGGUGAUUCAGUCUUUUUGAAUAAAUACGGCUUCUUGUACGUGCAAUUCAAAGCCGACAUGUAUUGGUGGCUAAUUCCGUUUUUGACUUAUGCGUUAUUGAGAUCAAUUUUUGUGGCUGUCCUUCAAGAUUAUGGUCGCGCACAGGCGCUAGUUGUUUUUAUCAUAGAGCUCAUUUAUUUUGUGGCUCUAUGUUGGAAAAGGCCGUAUUUGGAUAAGAGGACGAACGCUUUCAAUAUCGUCAUUCACUUGGUGAAUUUCUUCAACGCUAUAUUCUUUUUGUUCUUCUCAGGGUUAUUCAAGCAACCCCAGGUGGUGUCGUCAGUUAUGGCUAUUGUCCUCUUCGUCUUGAAUGCUGUUUUUGCGUUGUUCUUGUUGAUAUUCACCAUUGUAACCUGCACGCUUGCUUUAAUCCACAGAAAUCCGGACACUCGUUACCAGCCUAUGAAAGACGAUCGUGUGUCCUUCAUCCCCAAGAUUCAAACCAACGGGUCAGCAUCGAAGUCUGAAACUGAGCUAUUUGAGCUAGGAAAAGCCGCGAUGAUUACAAACGAGGCUACACAGUACCCAUCGAGCGGUGAAAGCUCGAAGAACAAGAGUUCCAAGAAAUUGCUAUUUGACGAUGAAGUCGACGACAGCUCACAUUUUGAUAUGCUAUCAGAAUCAAGAGAGAAACGGGCCUAUAGUGGCGAGCCACAGGCACUACAGCCGGGCUCUGCAGUGCUGGGAACUAGCACCUUUGGAAACCCUUACCAGAAGGUGCCCACUGCCCCUUCAAGUCGCAGUGCUCAGAACCUGCGCGCUCCUGAGAACACCUUCAACAGCAACACCUCGUACCAGGGUUAUGUGGGAUCUUCUAAUCCAUACACAAAGGGCCAAUCAUAUCUAUGA